GCGUAAUUAACCAAUUUAAGUUUGUACUAAUGUGACACACAGAAUAGUUCACUCUUAUCUUGGAUUCACCAUGAAAAAGUUAAGACGCUUUUGCUUCGGAGUAUCGGACAGACCUGAGCGUGUUCAAAGACACAAGGUCGUCACGAAUAAUGGUGCCGAGAAGACCAAGGCUAGAUCCGAGAUGAGAAACUCCAAUAAUAAGAAUAAAUAUUCAAAACAAGAAAACAAGAAACAUCUCACGUCACCAAAUAAAGUGAACGAAACACAGAAAUUUAACGCAUGCCCGAUAACUGGAGAGAAAAUUAAUACGUUAAGAGAUGGAUUUAAACCUGUUCUGAAAAAUCUAGAAGACGUCAGUGCAAAAAGGGGCAUGUCAGCAAAUAGAUCAGAAAAUUACGUUCACGUAAAUGCAGAACGUCAGACGCCUUGUGAGAGGUUAUGCGAAGGCGACAUUUUGAAAUUUGAGCUUGCUAAAAUGGCCGACGUGUUGGAGCAGCAGUUAAUGACAACAAGAACACAACAAGAAUACAUCAGCAGACUGAACGAAGAUGUAAAUAUGAUUUCGAUUGAAAAUGAGAAACUGUGCGUUAAAAUGGCUGAGCUGUUGGAGAUGCAUAACAGAGAAGUUAAAAACAACGAGGAAACAGUCAACAGAUUAAACGAACUACAUGAUGCUGUAGAUAGGCUCUUAACAGAAACUGCAAAAUUUAAUUUUGAAAUGGCGCAGCAUAACCACAGUACAGCUAAAAAUAAUGAUACCUACAUUGAAGCUGGCGACAGCACAGUAGCCAACCGUACCGUAAGAAACAUGAAAAUCGAGAAAAAACAGGAUCUUACCAACCAUGACGUCAAAAUUAGCAGGAAUAAUCGGACUCCGACUAAGCCUGGCACACACGAAACCCGAUGGCGAAAAGGUGAAGAUUUUGAUCUCUUAAGAACACUUGACGAACCUACACAGCCUUGCCCCAAAUUGAAAAAUUUCAAACUCAUAGAAGUUCUAGGAAAAGGUGCUUUCGGGACAGUAUACCUAGUCCAGAAGAAAGGCGGUAUUGAUGACGGGACAUUCUAUGCCAUGAAGGUGAUCAAUAUCUCUUACUCAAGCUCAGGAACGGUUUGCCCCAAAGAAUAUCACACAGAACACCGUGUUCAUAUAAAUGUUUUUGACACUCCAUUUCUGGUGGGCCUCUACUACGGAUUCCUGUCAGAAUCAAAGGCGGUCUUCAUAGUGGAAUAUUUUUCAAACGGCGACCUCCAAAAAUUGUUGAGGGCGAGGAAGAAACUUCCAGAACAAGACGCAAGGUUAUACUUAGCAGAAAUUGUCGUCGCUGUCGAAAACUUGCAUCAGACUGGUGUAAUUCACAGAGACCUCAAACCAUCAAAUAUAUUGGUUGACUCUCGUGGACAUAUAGCAGUCACAGACUAUGGACUAUGCAAAGAAUUUAAUCUCGAUACACAGUCCGAUAAUUCUCGUCUGUAUUGUGGCACGGACGUAUAUAUGGCUCCAGAGAUGAUCAACAAGGAAGAAGAUGGUGCGGGAGUGGACUGGUGGAGUGUUGGUGUCAUCGCGUAUGAAUUGAUGACUGGUCGCAAGCCCUUUACAGUUCAUGACAAAAGCCAACUGACGUUACUAUAUCGUAAAAUUGUGCAUGAGGCGCCAGAGUUCCCAAAAUCUAUGUCGUGCACAGCGAAACAUUUUAUCUCGACACUUUUGACAAAAGAUCCAUCAGAACGAUUAGGACAAGGAAAAUAUGGCGUACAGGAAAUCAAGCAACAUCCAUUUUUCAAUGGCAUCAACUGGACCGACGUGGCAAGAAGAGACCUCCAGAUGCCUUGCCCACCGCACGCCAGUCUCAUUUCUAUGAUCAAGAGCCUCAGCGCUCAAAUACUAACGGAGAUACCAUUUCAGAAUGGUAACAUAUUUGAGGUAUGUUCAUAUAUAGCCCCGGCCUUGAAGAACAAGGAAACAGACGACCACAGUAAAUAGACUUCUCAGCAGUGCCCGAACACAGACAAACCUCCAAAUGAGUGACAGGUAAAUGUAACGGCAUCAAAGGACAGAAUGUGCUGGUCGUGACUAGCUUGGUCGCUGGAUUGCUAUUGGAAGACUAUAGCCUAAAAGAAUGAGAACAACGCAUACCACGACAUGGAGGGGCAGAGACCUCCACAAUCAGCACAGAACAAUUUACUGGGAGUCAGUCAAGAUAAUUUCCGUCAUCGAGUGGGAGAUGCAAUGCAGAAUUAAUGUGUCCAUGGGUUGUGACACCGUGUGGACUCGUAGGUACACAAGUUUCUGAAAAACAUACUUCCUCAACAUUCAACACCUCAUGAGUCCAUCCAUGUCUGUCUGUGAACCCCACUUUCAGCAGUCAUUUGAGAAUUAACACGAUUCUAUGUCUACCUUAUCAGGGCUGUUCCUCGCAAGGCCCUCGCCCAAUUCGACUAGCUCUGCUUUGGGACUUUGCCCACAGGACUUGUUCAUCGUAACUUUGCCAGCCUCUCCCCACCACCUCAUCAUUCUCUUACGAGGUUUCCAGACCCCUGUGUUUCGACCAUCUGGGGAUUUGCCCAUGCAGAGCUCAGUUGGGAUUUUAGCCCUCAGAUCUUUAAUCCUAAUUCGCGUCAUACAUGGGUCAUAAGCAUGGUAUUUCCUCAGAUGGGAAGUCCAGGUGUUACCUUGGCCCGUGUCAUCUAACCUAAGAUGAUUAAAGUCCAGGAAUUUCCAAACCUGUAAGGGAAUGAUUAUACAUAAGCUACACGGAGCAACUCUGAGGGCAGAGUCCCAAAGAGAGGCAAGCCGGACGGGGCAAAUAUCUGGGGUUAGACAGUCCUUCCGAAUGACACAGCGGCCGAAAGUAAGAUACGUAGACAUACAGAGAUGGGCUUUUACAGUGUAGAAGAUGGAGGCAGAGUGCUCUUUCUAAACGCUGGUAUCUAAGUUCACGUGGCGUUGCAACGCAGCGUAAAAAUCCAGGGCAUGCCUCUGGAGUUAAAGCUCACUUAUAUAUUAGUAUUUAUGUGUAUAAAUUAAUGAAUUAAUGUUCCUUAAUGAAGGCCAAUUAAUUCACCUUCAAAGCCACACCGUGUCUUUCAAGACAUGGAAUGUAUCACAUAGUGUAACAUGUCGUCCUUAAAAAUAAACAGGUAAAAGAAAC